AUCUAUCUCAUCAGUUACACUACUGUCCCAUUCUCUCUCUCUCUCUCUCCAAAGCUCUCAAAGCUAGAAACUAGAGAGAAAGAGAAUGCCUGCAGGCGGUGGUAGUAGUCUGAUUCCAUUCUUCAUAAUGAUUCUGAUUCAAUUGGCCUAUGCAGUCAUGAACAUUACUUCAAAGCUUGCUAUACAAUCUGGCAUGAACCCUCUCAUUCUAGUUGCUUAUCGUCAAAUCUUUGCAACUAUCUCCAUCAUUCCCUUCGCUUAUUUCUUCGAAUGGAAAAUUCUUCCCAGGAUGACAAAGCGCAUUAUGGUGCAGAUAUUCCUAUCUUCUUUAACAGGAGUUACUGGAAACCAGGUUCUGUAUUUCGUUGGGCUAAAAUAUUCAACCGCUACAAUUGCAUGUGCACUCACCAAUUUGCUCCCAGCUUUCACUUUUGUUCUUGCACUCAUCUUCAGACAAGAGAAUUUGAGGAUCAAGAAAAUGUCAGGGCAAACAAAAGUGUUAGGGACAGUUUUGUGUGUGAGUGGAGCCCUGCUAUUAUCAUUUUACCAUGGAAAAACCAUUGGUUUAGGCGAAUCAAGCAUUCAUUGGAGUUAUGCUGACAAAAUGCAAGGAGGGUCAUCUACCUCCUCCGCCGCCGGAAAAACUAACUUGCUUCUAGGCCCUAUCGCCUUGAUUUUAAGCGCGCUUGUUUGGGCAUUCUGGUUCAUAAUUCAAGCAGACAUGAGCAAGAAUUUUCCAGUUCCUUAUACAAGCACAGGAUACAUGUGUUUCUUAGCAAGCUUUCAGUGUGUGAUCAUUGCCCUGUGUUUUGAACACAGGCCCUCAGCUUGGUCACUCCAAAAUGCAAUGAGACUUACCUCCUCUCUUUAUGCUGGAGUAAUUUGCACUGGCCUAUCAUAUUGUGUGAUUUCAUGGACCAUUGAAAGGAAAGGUCCUCUUUAUGUCUCUGUAUUCACCCCCAUGCAGCUUGUCCUCACCGCAAUUAUAAGCUGGUCUUUGCUUCAGGAGAAAUUAUACGUCGGAACUGCCAUUGGGUCUCUCCUCAUAGUUGGUGGGCUCUAUGCUGUUUUGUGGGGAAAGAGCAAAGAGGUGGUUAAGAAAGACUCCACUGAAGAGCCAGACAUGGAAAAAAUGCAGGACAAUGAAAAGAAUGACCUGGAAUUACAACCCUACUUGCCAUCCAAUGGUAACCAUAACGUUGUUACUUAAGAAGAAUCAGGGAAUUAAAAUGCCAGCAAAAUUGAAGAAUGUUUGAGUCAUUUGAUUUUCUCUAUGGUUCUGUAGUGUGUGGAACAUUUGAAAGGGAUCACAUCAUUUUAUUUUUAUGUAUCAAGCUCUUGAAUCUAAAACUCCUUGAGGACGUAUCUGUUUAUCUACAACAUUGUAUUCUUAUUAUGUAUCUUUCAGAAAUGUUCAACUAUGAAUUUACCCAA